CUUCAAAUCAAUUGUUUACAUAAAGCUUAAAUUUAUAGUGGCAUUAAUUAUCUUUACAGUUCUACAGAAUAUUUAUAUUAAAACAAAAUGAAUUUUAACGACAUGCAUACUUUAGCUAAACGGAUUGAUACAAAGGUUAAAUUAUUGGAGACUAAAGUAGCUCAUCCUAUGAAUAUGAUGUUUCAUGACAAUUCUAGUCAAGGAGUUAAAGUGCUAUCAUUAUUAAAUGACACUAUUCAAAAUGUGGAAAAAAAAAAGGUAACUACUUCGACAGAUAAAAUAAUAGAAAUACCCAGAUAUAUAGUGUUUUUAUUUUUUUAUAAAUUAUAUGGGCUAAUUGCAUUAUUGGAUAAUAUUUAAAUUGACCAACAUUGACAAGGGACCUGUGAUCUUUUCAAUAUUAAUGAAUAAUCCAAUAUAAACAUUAUCAGAUCAUUCUAGAAUGUCUAAUUAUUAUUGACAGUGUUUAAAUUGAAAACCAUUGAUUAUUUUUAACAAAUUAUAUAAAAUUCAAUAAUUUUACCACAUGAAACCUCCUGGCAUUUUCAGAUAUACCUACCUAAGAUAACUAAGUACCUACCUAUUUACAUAACAAACAUACAAAUCAAUUAUUCUAUAUCAUAAAAAUUGUAAAAAUUGUGGUAAUUUAUGUUUUUAAAAAAUUAUUUAUUUAUUUAUUUAUUUAUAAAUAUUUUAAUGAUUUUACAUUUCAAUGUAUUAUCUUAAUUUUAUAUAAUAUGUAUUUAUAUGCUUAUAGAAUAAAAUCGAGUAUAUAAUAAAAGAAGAAAAUUUAGCAUGGUCUGGAAUGGUAAAAGAUUAUAACUCGAUUGCUAAAUUUAAAUCGGAAGUAGUUGCUUUUUUAAACGAGUAUGAAAAUCUAUGGUCUUCUCGUUAUUCUAAUUAUAAACCAUAUGUAUCUAGUGAUCAUGGAAACUUGUCAAAUGAAGAAUUAGAACCUUUCGAUAACCUGGACAUUCACGAUAAUAGACAAAUAGCAGAUCAGUAUCCUUUUACUUAACUAAUUUACAAUAGUAUUAUUAGGUAUUUUUCAGGUUUUAAAAAUAUUAAACUAAUCAUAUUAUUUCUCUGUUGUAUAUUUUAUUAAAUCUACUGGAUAACUAAUAUUGUACAAAUUUUUCUUAUGUAUUAUUAAUAGAUCUUUAAAUGAUAGUUUCAACAUCACCAUGUCUAAUUAAUAUUUGAUGAAGAACAAUUUGAUAAAUGAAAAACAGAUUCUAAUUUUAAAAUUUGUUUAUCUAUGUGUUCAUUUAUUUGUAUUGUAUGUACAAUUUUGUUCGGAUUAUCAAAAAAUUUAAUGUAUUUAUUAUAAUAAUUAAAGAUUUUUAAAAUUAUUAAUUGGCUGAUUUUAUGCCAAUUUUUUCUACCAACAAUUUUAUUUUAAAUUCAAUUAUAUAAAAUUAUGCCUUAUAUUAAUCUGUUAUUUGCUGGUAAUACAACUUUGAUU